GUCAGUUUUCUUUUGUCGAGCGAUGCGCGCUUAGUUUCUGUCACGUCCGGUUGUGGGAGGCCCGCUAUGAUCAGAUCAGCAAUCUGACCUUAUUCUGGAAGUGAAACGGGGACUUCCAAACUUCCGCGCUGGUAAUGGAAAGCACGUCUCACUCUGAAAGCAGGCAAGGUAUGAGCGACGACGCAAAGAGUCGUCCCCGCCGCCUGUGAAGCGUGACAGACAUCCGCAACACCCCUGCUCGCCCCCUCCGAGGAAAGGCGGGUUGAGGUCCCGCGCCGCCACAGCCCGACACGAACCCAACAUGCAGAAGGCUUCAUUCUCCACGAAGGCAGACAAAGAACUUUUAAAAAGUUGUCAUCAGCGGGCGUGCCAUCCAAUGCUGCUCUCGUGUUCAAUGUAUAUAUAUAUUUAUUUAUUACCGUGAAAAUUAUUAGCUAUAUAUAAGCAAGAACAUUACUGAGGUGGCUCAAUGGCUGAAGUCACCAGUGGAUGUCUGGAAGAUGGCCUCUCUUCUACGCCAGAUGAAAAUGAGUAUCCGUCAGGCUUUCCUCCCAAUAUCUGUGAUGAUGCACCGCAAGCCAAAUAUCUCUGUAGCAACUGCAGCAAUAUAUUAAAUAAAGCGCAUCAGACACUCUGUGGACAUCGCUAUUGUCUGGCCUGUCUCAGCUGGCUUAUGAGAAACAACAACAGCCCGGUAUGUAAGAAAUGCAAAGAGGAGAAUCCUGGGGCUGUGGCCGAGGAGAGCAUUCUGACAGCUGACCACUUCUACAAUGAUGCGGCGAUAAACAAAGAAAUUUCUGAUCUAAGUGUACAUUGUGCAAACCAAGGCUGCAACUGGAAGAAUACGUUGAAGAAUUAUGAAGACCACCAAAGUCAGUGUGAUUACGCCUUAAUUCCAUGCAACAUUGGCUGCGGACAAAUGGUUAUCAGAAAAAAGCUGGCCAGUCACCUUGAAAAAGGAUGUGUGAACAAUAUACUGGUUUGUUCAAAAUGCUCUCAAAAGAUGAGCCCGAGUGAAUUUCAGAAACAUUCUUGUGAAAAGGCCCAAGUGAAGGAAAAGAAGCCUGCAAAGGAAAAGAACCGACCCUUAAUGACAGCAAAGAAUAAGGACCAGUGUCGCUUCUGUGAAGUUGGCUGCACCUUUAAGGGAAAUAAAGAGAAGACCAAAGAACACGAACACACGUCACUUGUACCUCACCUCCAGUUACUACUUCAGGCAUUCUACAGCGUAAAGUCUUCAUUGUUCGCCAGCCAGGCCGGUGCUAAUGGAGAUGAUGGCCACUUUGUGGACGUCCAGCAUAAACUUAAUCAACUGGAGAGCACUUUUGACUGUCUGAACAUGCGGACCACACCUGAAAUGAAUGGAGAUUUGGAAGUGGAUAGCAAUUUACAUUCUUCAAAUUCAGAUGGCGCCCAAAAUCAAGAUGAUUUGAAUCGAUGCCAAGUGAAGCUCGAAGAGCUCGCUCAGAAAAUUCAAGUGUAUGAAAAUAUUGUCACGGUCCUGAAUCGAGAGGUGGAGAAAAGCCAGAUGACCAUUGCUGCCUAUGAAAAUCAGAAUAAAACCGAUCAAGACACCAUCAAAAAGUUGGAAGCUGAGGUUUCAGAGCUGCAGAGUUUGCUCCCCAUGAAAGAUCUGCUCAUCAAUGCUCUACACGUGCGGACUGCAGCACUAGAAGAGAUCUCCUAUGAUGGAACAUUCAUUUGGAAGAUCUCAGAGCUGAAUCGGAAGAUGCAGGAGGCUGCGUCUGGGAGGGUCAGUAAUCAGUAUUCUCCAGCUUUCUACACUGGAAAAUAUGGAUACAAAGUGUGUAUGAGGCUUUACCUAAAUGGAGACGGUGCAGGCAAAGGAAAAUUCAUGUCCCUCUUCUUCGUAAUCAUGCGGGGCGAUUACGACGCUUUAAUUUCAUGGCCUUUCAAGCACAAGGUGACUUUUUUCUUAAUGGAUCAAAAUCACCGGGAACAUGUGAUCGAUGCUUUUCGGCCAGACCUUAAAUCAAGUUCAUUUCAGAGGCCUCUAAAAGAAAUGAAUGUUGCGAGUGGCUGCCCUCUCUUUUUCCCGCUGUCAAAACUUUCAUCUCCCAAGCACGCCUACUGCAAGGACGACACCGUUUUCAUCAUUGUAUUGUUUGAUUUAACCUCAUGAGAAAUUACUAACAUCGUAUUUUUUUAUUGCACCACAGGGAUUGCAUUUUUAUGGUGCACCAGGUCAUUUUGGUGGUUUUGAGUAUAUUACUCGUUCAUUAAAAAAAAAACGCUUGGACUACA